AUGGGCAACGAGCGAGCAGUGGAGCGUGAUAUCGAACGCACGCUACAAGAGAAAAGUCGUCGCAAGGGAGACCGGCCAAGCCUGAAGCAAGAGUUCAUAGGUGGCCGUGGCCAGGAGCACAUCCCGGGCAACAGGGACUUGAUCUCACAGACGAACGCGCAGAAGGUUGCGUAUCGCGAUCGCUAUAGUCACCCACAGCCCGCUUUGAAUGGACAAUCUGAGGAAGUCAGUUCAGCGCGCUCGAAGUCAAAGGUCUGUGUGUGCUAG